UCUGUCUGUGAUUUUGACAGUCGGUCGGUAGGUUAUGUUUAUUUAUUUAUUGUUUAUAAAACAUAGUAUUUAUUGUUUGUUAGUAACUUAAUAAAGAGGAGCACCUCUAAAAAAACUUACAACGUUUGUUUAUUUUUAUACAAUGACAGCAUACGAAAACUUGUCAUCAAAUCAGAAAGUUCGUGCUUCAUUACAUCGAGAUGUUCUAAGCAUUUGUAAAGAAACUAGCCACUACCUCGGUUUAGAUAUAACCGGGCAAGCUGUGGCCGUUAUAGCAGAACUCGUGCUACGAAAAGUUUCAGUGUACGGAAUGGAUUUAGAAGCGUUCGCUAAGCACGCCAAACGCUCAGUGAUAAAUCAAGAAGACGUUAAACUAUUAGCUAGAAGAAAUAGUUCCUUGAGAGAACGUCUAAAUGGCUUAUGUAAAAAUAUUCCAUCAGCAUCUAAAGAGAAGAAACGUAAAACAAUACAAACUACUGUUACACCGGAAUCAGAUCCUAAGGAAGAGGAUGAUGAGAAACAGACGAAAAAACAAAAAACUACAGACGAAUUAAAUACGCCUAUUUCAAGCGUAUCAGGAGAACCUGAAAUUAUGGAUCACGUUGAGACCAUAGAUCUUACAUUAUAAGACAUACGCACUCUUAAUUUGCAUAAAACCAAUAAAAAAUGUAAUAAAUUAUUUUUGUAUUAGGUUAUAAUAGUACUCUAAGGACGUAAGUUUGCUGUAUUGAGUCGUUUGCAUAAAAAUAUAAGGCUAACCAAUAUUACAUACAGUUAUACCUCGAAAAUAAACCGUUUUUGUAAAAAGUAUGACGUUUAAUAUUUUUUUAAAUAGUUAAUAAAAUAAUAAUUAAAUAAUAAA